UGUAAAGCAGGAAAUGCUGUUGCGUCUGUGUCUAUCUGUAGAUGAGACAAGGAGUGAAGAAAAUACCAGAAACAAGCACGGAUAAUGCAAGGCUAAAUAAAAACACACUCCUCUACAUCUGACCGAUACAGGGAAACGGAGAGGUUUGGGAUCGAUUGGGGAACGAGAAAUUGACCAGAUCACUGUGAGCUACAGUCCACACCAAUAACAUCCUCAGUCUUCGUCAGAGAAUACGAGAACACCUACGAACGCAGAUAUGAACCCUCAUGAAUCGGAGGUGUACACGGUGGCGCCGGAGAUGCCAGCCAUGUUUGACGGCAUGAAGUUGGCGGCAGUGGCCACGGUUCUCUACGUCAUCGUCCGGUGUCUAAACUUGAAAAGUCCCACCGCUCCGCCGGACCUCACUUACCAGGAUACAGCACUUAACCUCUUCCUGCUCAAGUCCUGUCCUAUUCUGACCAAAGAGUACAUUCCUCCUCUACUAUGGGGUAAAAGUGGUCAUUUGCAGACGGCCCUCUAUGGAAAGUUGGGUCGGGUCAGUGCACCACACCCGUUCGGCCUGCGCAAAUAUCUGCCCAUGCAGGACGGAGCCACGGCAACCUUUGACCUCUUUGAACCGCUGGCAGGUCAUCAGUCCGGAGAGGACGUCACCAUGGUCAUCUGUCCUGGCAUUGGGAACCACAGUGAGAAGCACUAUAUCCGCACGUUCGUGGAUUAUUCACAGAAACAGGGCUACCGCUGUGCUGUGCUCAAUCACCUCGGGGCCUUGCCGAACAUUGAGCUUACCUCCCCUCGCAUGUUCACCUACGGCUGUACAUGGGAGUUUGCAGCAAUGGUGGGCUUCAUCAAAAAGACGUAUCUCCAGACCAAACUUAUCGUGGUGGGCUUCAGUCUUGGGGGGAAUAUCGUGUGCAAGUUCCUGGGAGAGAACCGUACUAACCAGGAGCGGGUUCUGUGCUGUGUGAGCGUGUGCCAGGGCUACAGUGCACUGAGGGCUCAGGAGACGUUCCUGCAGUGGGACCAGUGCCGUCGUUUCUAUAACUUCCUGAUGGCCGACAACAUGAAGAAGAUCAUUUUGUCUCACAGGAGCGUGUUAUUCGGCGUGGGCUCCACUAAAAUGGUGGACACGGAUCUGAGCCGGCUUUACACUGCCACAUCUCUCAUGCAGAUCGAUGACAACAUCAUGAGAAAAUUCCAUGGGCACAACUCUCUGAAGGAGUACUAUGAGAAGGAGAGCUGUGUUCAUUACAUUCAUAAUAUAAAUGUGCCUCUGCUGCUGGUGAACUCUGGUGACGAUCCGCUCGUGCACAACUCACUGCUCACCAUCCCUCGCACACUCGCAGAAAAGAAAGAAAACGUGAUCUUCGCUCUGACGCUGCACGGGGGACACCUGGGUUUCUUCGAGGGCGCUGUGCUGUUCCCUCAUCCCCUCACCUGGAUGGACAAGGUCAUCGUGGGCUACGCCAAUACCAUCUGCCAGUGGGAGAAACAGAAACCCCCGUGUCUAAGUCAAGGCGCCCAUUCCAUCGAAACCAAAUGCCAAGACAGUAAAUCCUAACCGAUCCCGUCUCCGUUUCACCUCCACGGGACAUUUUCACCACGCACACGAGGGGUCGGACCACCAUCUUCAAGCAUUCACUGUCAGUGGGAAUAUUUGUUUCUCUUUUUUAUCACGGUUUAUCACCUACAUAAAUCGUAACGACUUUCCAAGGGAGAAAACAAUGCCACUCGUUGACCAAAAUACAAUCAAAGCACCCGUGUAGCGAAGGCGGCGUUUUAGACUUACUGUAGUUUGUAGUUAAGAUAAAAUCAGUAUCUCUUGCUCUCUAACUAGGACACUGAAAGCUGAAAGUUUAUCACUGCUAAAACAAGAUCUGGCAGAGCUGGGUCAAUCUCACAAAAAUCAAAAACGGUGGGAAAAUUUUUUGUAUUUUUUUGGAAAAUAUUGCAAGAUAAUAUUUCGGUAAACAAAAAGACGACUAUUUUUGAGACAAUUAAAAUAUUCAGCAUUAAUGUAAGCACAUUUUUCCCCCUUUUCUUUUUUUCCUUUGGUAAUUUCUAGUAAAUUUUCAGUUGUUCGUUGUUUUUUUUUGUUUUUUUUUUGCUGUGUAUCAUGCUUUUACGAUGUUGCACACUCAAAACAUUUAUUUGUAAUACAAUAAUCUAAAUCACCAUUAAUGACAGAUAACACAGCGUUUAUAAUUCAAUAACAAUUUAUUUUUUGAAUAUAACAAUAUAAGAGGGAAUGAAAUGGUUUUAUUUUAAGAUAUCGCAACAUUGACACAAUGCAAAAAAAAUUUAAUGGUCCUUAAAAUAAGAUAUCUACAAGAACUGGUUUUUGGUUUGAAAUAUAACCUAGACAUGUUUUUGACCAGUUUUGUGAGAUUCACCCAAGCGGCACACAGAUUUUACUGUUCAUAACACACGAGUUUCUGGGAAGUGAGUGUUAUGCAGGCACUGUGUGCUUCUAGAUAUGACCGGCAUGCUGUUUGAGUGCAUAUUAUUACUUAAUAUUAAUCUACUGUAUUCAGUUCUUGGUCUGUUAACCGUUUAAACACAGGCUAGAAUUCAUGUCACUCUUAUUUUAAACCUAACUAGACCUUUUCAAGUGUGACAGGAGAAACUUUAUUACUCAUGAAGCCUCGUCGGUCGAAUCCAAGUCACAUUCCUAGUCAAUCAGUUUUUGUUUAGCACUUUUAUAUGACAAUGAUCCCUUGUGAUUACCGAAACGUGUUGUCUGUCCUCACUUGCGGGCCGUCCCACAAGCACUACGACCCGAUUUUAGACGGCAAAUCCUGCUCCUGUGGAGAACAGCACACGCUGUUGCUGCAGUAUUGACUCGUGUUUGUGGAGAACCAUUGAAGGCGAUAGAUCUAGAUGAUUGUGUAACGUGUCGAUUUGGGACCCAGUGGGAGACCCGAGUGCAUUUCCUGGUGCACGUCUGUGAAAACUGGUUACUUAAAGGUUUUUUUUUGUGCUGUUGUAUUGUUUUAGGGUUUUUUCUUUAUCUUGUUCAUUUCCGUUUUGCUGUUUUGUGCAAUAACUUGAUGAAUUUAUUUGUUGCUUUAACACUUGGAAUCGAGAGGGUCUGAAGUGGAGCUGAUCUUCUUCUUGUUACCCAUUAGAGUAAUCCGAGGGGAAAAUAUAUUAGAUAGAAGUUUACAUUUGAAGGGAACAUCCAAAGUGUUAUUUCCAAAGGCCUCUGAAACCUUUAACACAGUAGUUUGGUUUAGCGCGGUUAGAUUUGAUUCAGGGUGUUUUAGGCAAGGCAUAAUAAGCCAGCAGCCACAAAAUGGCCAGGUAAUAUUACACUGCAAAAAAAAAAAAAAAAAAAAAAA